AACGCCGCAAGUGCCACAGCAGCCUUUCGUGAAGAGGGGAAGCAGCGUCGUCCUUAUAACAACAUCUCUCACGGACGGAUACAUUUCGGAAAUACAGCACGGGUUCGCGGGUUAAUUAACAGCCUUAGUUUAUUAUUAUAUUUAUAUUUAAAAAAAAAAAAGGAAACGCAAACCCCGAGUGAGAAUGCUUCAGUCUCUAGCCAGCAAUUCGUGUGUGCGGUUGAUACAGAGUCACAAAUCGACGUGGUAUUUUGCAUCUCUUGUCUUGGGGUACAUCCUUUAUCUCAUAUUCGGCGCGGUCGUCUUCUCGUCGGUCGAGCUGCCUUAUGAGGACCAGCUUCGCCAGGAGCUGAGGGCCAUAAAGAAACAGUUCCUGCAGGAUAAUGAGUGUCUGUCCGAGGAGCGUCUGGAGAGGUUUCUCAAGAAAGCCCUGGAGGCCAGUAAUUACGGGGUGUCGAUUCUCAAUAACGCCUCCGCUAACUGGAACUGGGACUUCACCUCGGCGUUGUUUUUCGCGAGCACCGUGCUGUCCACCACAGGAUAUGGACACACAGCUCCCCUUUCCGACGGAGGGAAAGCCUUCUGCAUCAUCUACUCUGUGAUCGGCAUCCCUUUCACCCUCCUCUUCCUCACCGCCGUGGUGCAGAGGAUCAUGGUGUACAGCACGCGGAGGCCCGUCAUGUACUUCCACCAGCAAUGGGGCAUAGCGAAGCCCCUGGUGGCCAUCGUUCACGCCUCUCUGCUCGCCAUGCUGGCCGUCUCCUGCUUCUUCCUCAUCCCGGCCGCCAUCUUCUCGGCGCUGGAGGAUAACUGGAACUUCCUGGAGUCCUUCUACUUCUGCUUCAUCUCCCUCAGCACCAUCGGCCUGGGAGACUACGUACCGGGGGAGUCCGUAAAUCAAAGAUUCAGGGAGCUCUACAAGGUGGCCAUCACUGUCUACCUGAUCCUGGGUCUGAUUGUCAUGCUGGUGGUGCUGGAAACCUUCUGCGAGCUGCAGCAACUCAAGCAGCUGCGCAAGAUGUUCUACCUGAAGAAGGAGAAGCCGCAGGACCGCCUCGCCAUUCUGGAACACGACCACCUGUCCUUCACCACCGUGUCCAAGAGAGCCUCGGGCCAGCACGAGGACAAAAUCCAGCCGUUCGUCGGCGUCCCAACUCUGCGCUCUCCCAACGACGACCCCAUGAUCCAGUAAACGCAGACGCAGCAAACCGCGUGUUGAAAAUAUGACCUUAGGUUUAAAUGCACACUCGGCUACACGUAGAUAAGGCGACAAGUCUAAGCUGUAGGCGUUCUCUAAAACUCGGUCCUGCAAACAAAAAAUAGUCAGAACAAGCAAACAGUCUCCUUCAAUGAACCACAAAACUGACAGCAAAGUGCUACGCAGCAGAAAUCAAUGUAUGUGCAUUAAUAAGGGAACAACAUGAAUAUUCUCUAAAUCGCCUAUAAAGACAAAACCAGUGAUAAAAAGUAAACGCCUUCUGCUGUAUUUAUGUCUCUCCGGAGUUAAGAUCCUGUAUGAGCUGUAUUAUUUAUGACAUCACAUGUAGGUGCGUUAUAGACAGUAAUCGUUCUCUUAAAUCUAGUGAAAACAUAGCACAGUUAUCUGUAGUGUCUCACAAAGUAGAACAUUUGUUUGAGUAUUUUAAAGGUAGAGAUGCUCGACAGCGAUGUGGGAUGUACAUAGACGGGUAGAUGUUUCAACAUGU